CGGAAGUAGACGUUCGGAACGGAGCUCGGCGGCGCCGACUCCACAUCCGGGAGAAAAGACGAGAGCGGAAGUGGCGUUGGUCUGGCCGGAGUCCUUGGGUGAAUUUGUUAGGCGUGGAGAGGGAGUAAUGUCUUCCAGACUCGGUGCAGUACCCGCCACUCCGGGACCCACAUCCUUUAAACAGAAGAGGAACACGAGGAUCGUGAGAGCCAAGAAUAGCAGGACCCAGUGCUCCAUAAAGGAUAACAGUUUCCAGUACACUGUCCCUCAUGAUGACUCCUUAAGUGGCUCAUCAUCUGCCUCUUCGUGUGAACCAGUGAGUGAUUUUCCAGCAUCUUUCCGAAAAUCUACCUACUGGAUGAAGAUGAGAAGGAUCAAGCCAGCUGCUACUUCCCAUGUUGAAGGGUCAGGUGGAGUAUCAACCAAAGGAAAAAGGAAACCCAGGCAGGAAGAAGAUGAAGACUAUCGAGAAUUUCCUCAGAAGAAGCAUAAGCUCUAUGGGAGGAAGCAACGGCCUAAAACUCAGCCUAAUCCCAAAUCCCAGACUCGUCGUAUUCGGAAGGAACCACCAGCCUAUGCAGCAGGCAGUUUAGAGGAGCAAUGGUACUUAGAAAUCGUGGAUAAAGGCAGUGUCUCCUGUCCUACCUGCCAGGCAGUGGGGAGGAAGACCAUAGAGGGCUUAAAGAAACACAUGGAAAACUGCAAACAGGAAAUGUUUACUUGCCAUCACUGUGGGAAACAACUUCGUUCACUGGCAGGGAUGAAGUAUCACGUCAUGGCAAAUCAUAAUAGUUUGCCCAUUUUGAAGGCUGGAGAUGAAAUAGAUGAGCCGAGUGAGAGGGAGCGGCUCCGAACAGUUCUAAAGAGACUGGGAAAGCUCAGGUGCAUGCGUGAGAGUUGCUCUAGUAGCUUCACCAGCAUCAUGGGAUAUCUGUACCAUGUCAGAAAAUGUGGCAAAGGGGCUGCAGAACUGGAGAAGAUGACUCUGAAGUGUCACCACUGUGGAAAGCCAUAUAGAUCGAAGGCUGGACUUGCAUAUCACCUGAGAUCAGAGCAUGGGCCUAUCCCCUUCUUUCCAGAAUCAGGACAGCCAGAGUGCUUAAAGGAGAUGAGCUUGGAGCCAAAGAGUGGGGGCCGAGUUCAGAGGCGUUCUGCCAAGAUAGCUGUAUACCACCUGCAGGAGCUGGCCUCUGCUGAACUGGCCAAGGAAUGGCCUAAGAGGAAGGUUCUUCAGGAUCUGGUACCUGAUGAUCGGAAGUUAAAAUAUACUCGCCCUGGGCUACCUACGUUCAGCCAGGAAGUACUACAUAAGUGGAAGUCGGAUAUCAAGAAGUAUCAUCGCAUUCAGUGUCCUAACCAGGGUUGUGAGGCUGUCUACAGUAGUGUAUCUGGCCUUAAGGCUCACCUGGGCUCUUGUACAUUGGGGACCUUUGUGGCUGGAAAAUACAGGUGUCUUCUGUGUCAAAAAGAAUUUGUGUCAGAGAGUGGUGUCAAGUAUCACAUAAACUCUGUUCAUGCUGAGGAUUGGUUUGUUGUAAAUCCAACAACAACCAAAAGCUUUGAAAAGCUGAUGAAGAUAAAGCAGCGGCAGCAAGAAGAAGAAAAGCGGAGGCAGCAGCACAGGAGCAGAAGGUCUCUAAGAAGGCGGCAGCAGGCUGGCAUCGAGCUGCCUGAGGCAGAGCUGAGUCUUAGAGUAGGGAAGGAUCAGAGGAGGAGCAAUGAGGAACUGCUAGUGUCGACCUCCUGUAAGGAACCAGGGCAGGAGCCAUUGCCAGCACAGUCCCAGAAAGUAAAGCCCCCAAAGACUAAUCAUAAACGAGGAAGGAAAUAGGCAGGCAGUGUGAAAGCACUCCUGGGAGAGUGGAUGUGAUGCUGUUGUCACGGGGACCUGUGCUGAGAGGACUGAGUCAUGGGGGCUAAGUGAAGAGAAGUGUACUCUUUCAGCCAUUUGUGUAAGGCUAUGACUUUCUCAGCUCCUUCCUCUUGUAUAAAUUUCACUGUUUUCCCUACUUAUUCACUCUGACCCCCACUCCCACCCUUUUCGCUAGGUUUUCCCGCUAUUCCUCAUUGAAGUCUUCUUGUUUUUCUCUUAUCUUGCCCAAAGAGCUCCCUCUUAAGGCCAACUGUAGGCCCCUCUUGUCCUAUACAAGACUAAGAAACCUAUUUGGUUGUCCUUCUCUUCCUGGGGCAUAUAAUAUUUUUGGAAGCUCCAUUGAUUUAGUAGUCAUACUCUGUCAUCUAGCUUAUAAAACAAUUCCGUUAAUUUUUAAAAACCAUACUGAUUAAUCAUUUUGUAUUUGUGAUAUAAUAAGCCUAGAAGCUGGAAAUGUCACUCAUAUGAUAAGGUAACCCUGUCUCUUUGGGAAGCAAACUUUAUGGAGGCUGUUUGUUCUCAAUAUGGUUUUAGGAUUGAAAGUAAGUAAAUGGACUUAGGAAGAAAAAGCUAGAA